AUGACAAUAGAUUCAGUAGAAAAAUGGGACUUGACCUCCAGGGUGUCACCCUAUCUGGAUCGACACAUGAUGUUCCCUCUCUUGGAAUACCUGGACAGUCUCAUCAAUGCCGGCACUGUUUCCUACUCAUCAAAGGAUAUUGCUGCAGCACGCUUGUCCUUGCUGAGGCCCACGCAUAUGGUUGAUUAUGCCAUUGAUAUCUACAAGGAACUUCAUGGAGAAGACUCUACUGUGCCGCCCGAAAUGGAAGAACAAAAGACCAAGGUAUAUGAACGCUUGGAAGAGCUGAGAGGGGCUUGUGAAGUGUUUGACAAGCUAUGUCGAAAUGAAACAGAGAGGGCCAAGUUGAAGGCUGGUGGCAAGUGGAAUGUGGAGUCCCUCUCCCAGUCCAAAGAUGUAGCCAUUACACCGGAAAUGGUGGAGGCCUACUGUGAAUUGGGUCGCUACAACUUUGAUUGUGGAGACUACCAGACAUCUCGUGACAUGCUCGAAAACUACAUUUCUCUCUUUGCCAAAGCACCUGCACCUAGUGCCAACAACAACAAUGAUGAUGACAUGAUGGGAGAUAACCGUCGACAGCACAAUCAAAAUGCCAAUGACAAAGAUAUUGGAAAUCCAUCCUUCUACUACCUGACAACCAUCAGUACCAACUUGCUGCAAGUACUCUGGGGUCGUCUGGCUUGUGAAAUCCUUGUGGAGGACUGGGAAGCUGCCAGUGUUGCUGUGGAUGCUGUCAAAUCGGCCAUGGAGUCAUUGGUGGCGUCCGAUCAGAUCACUUCUUUGGUGGCACUUCAGCAGCGGACUUGGCUCCUGCAUUGGUCACUCUUUGUAUACUGGAACAAUUCUGCCAAGGGUGGGCUGGAGCAUCUUGUGGAACUCUUCCACUCGGAGCAAUACAAGCAAGCAAUCACCACCAAUGCCCCGCAUUUACUGCGCUAUUUGACUGCGGCUGUUCUGCUGUGCAAGCGUCGUGUCACCAAAAAGGCCGCCGCUGGAUCCAACUUUGAGGCACGACGAUUGAUGAAGAAUCUUAUCAAUGUCAUGCAGGACUGCGAAUACACUGACCCCAUUGUGGAGUUUGUGAAUUGCUUGUGCGUCAAAUUUGAUUUUGAGUCGGCACAAACCAAACUAGCAGAAUGUGAAAAGGUGCUCGCUACAGAUUUCUUUUUAUGCCAUCAAACUGCCCUGUUCAUGGAAGAAGCACGUGUCUUUGUGUUUGAGAAUUACUGCCGUAUCCACAACAAGAUUGAUUUGCGUGCACUGGGCGAAAAGUUGGCUAUGGACCAGGAUCAGGCGGAACGGUGGAUUGUAGAUCUGAUCCGUAAUGCUGAGCUGGAUGCAAAGAUUGACUCCGCAGAGGGGUGUGUUGUAAUGGGUGGCAGCCCUCAGAGCAUUUAUGAGCAGGUCAUGGAUCGAACAAGGGACUUGAAUGUUCGAAGUGCAACUUUGGCAACAAACCUCAACAAUGUGUUGAAUGAGGCACGAAAAGAAAAGGCCAAGCUAGAGAGAGCCGCUCGCGAAGAAGAUUAG